AUGCAUACUCCUUGGGGACGAUACCGUUGGACUCGCCUACCCUUUGGCAUCAGCUCCGCACCUGAGGAAUUCCAGCGGCGCAUCCAUGAUGUUCUUUGUGGCCUAGAUGGAAUCAUCAACAUUGCUGAUGACAUCAUUGUGAGUCGUGGUGAUUCUCUGCAGGCGGCCACUCGUGAUCAUGACCAAAGCCUACUCAAAUUGUUAAAGCGCUUAACUUCGCACAACCUCACACUCAACCCAGACAAAAUCACGUUUAAAUCACACACAGCACCAUUUAUGGGCCACAUACUUACCCCUGAUGGUCUCAAACCCAGUGCAGAGGUUGCCAAAGCAGUUCAUGAAAUGCCCAAACCUGAAGACAAGGCCGCAACUCGCCAUUUCCUGGGCACCAUCACCUACCUGUUCAAGUUUCGCCCCAACCUCAGCGAGAUAGUCCGUCCACUUCCGGACCUCACUCACAUCAAACAAGAAUUUAUCUGGGCAGACCAACACUCUGAAGGAUUUACAAAGGCUAAAUAA